UGUAGUCCAGGCUGGAGUGCAGUGGUGCCAUCUCUGCUCACUGCAAGCUCCACCUCCCGGGUUCACGCCAUUCUCCUGCCUCAGCCUCCCGAGUAGCUGGGACUACAGGUGCCCACCACCACACCCGGCUAACGUUUUGUCUGAAUAAUAGUCUUUAUAUUUUUAUUUAGGGUCAAUCUUCUCAUGACAAAUUUUCUCAAAGUUUGUUUGCUUGAAAAUGUUAUGAUUUUACAUUUAUUCUUGAAGACAGUGUUUGCUGAGUAUCGAAUUCUCUGUUGAUGGUGAGUUUCAGCUCAAGGAAAUUAUCAUUCCACAUCUUCUGGCCUCUGUAAUUGUGCUAAACAAGCUAGCAAUUCAACUACAUUUUGCUUCUCUGAAGUGACUCGUCAAAAAUCUGCAUAAUGGAAAAUUGCAAGGGGUUUUUCCUGAUCUACGUUGAAAUGCAAUUCCGCUUAAAGAAAUAUACUCUGGGGGAAAAAAUUAGAACAAGUUCUUGCCCUCCUGACCAUUGAACAAGAGACUAAUUAGACAAUGGGGCUAGAAAAACCUCAAAGUAAACUGGAAGGAGGCGUGCAUUCCCAGCUGAUCUCUUGGGUUAUUGCUGUGGUUUUCAUCUUACUUCUCGGUGUCUGUUUUAUUGCAAGUUGUUUGGUGACUCAUCACAACUUUUCACGCUGUAAGAGAGGCACAGGAGUGCACAAGUUAGAGCACCAUGCAAAGCUCAAAUGCAUCAAAGAGAAAUCAGAACUGAAAAGUGCUGAAGGGAGCACCUGGAACUGUUGUCCUAUUGACUGGAGAGCCUUCCAGUCCAACUGCUAUUUUCCUCUUACUGACAACAAGACAUGGGCUGAGAGUGAAAGGAACUGUUCAGGGAUGGGGGCCCAUCUGACGACCAUCAGCACGGAAGCUGAGCAGAACUUUAUUAUUCAGUUUCUGGAUAGACGGCUUUCCUAUUUCCUUGGACUUAGAGAUGAGAACGCCAAAGGUCAGUGGCGCUGGGUGGACCAGAUGCCAUUUAACCCACGCAGAGUAUUCUGGCAUAAGAAUGAACCCGACAACUCUCAGGGAGAAAACUGUGUUGUUCUUGUUUAUAACCAAGAUAAAUGGGCCUGGAAUGAUGUUCCUUGUAACUCUGAGGCAAGUAGGAUUUGUAAAAUACCUGGAACAACAUUGAACUAGAAACCCACAAAGUGGUCCUUGUGAUGAAAAGAGAAAAGAAGAACCAAUUAGAAUAGGGCAGAAUGUACAUGCGUCAUUGGAACACAGAAAACAUGCUGGGUCAUACAGCGUUUUUAGUCAUGAUGGUCUUUUUUAUUUUGUUUGAUUCAUUCGAGACAAUGUGUGUGUGUGUGUGUGUGUGUGUGUAGAUAAUGUGGUUUUUUUAUGGUGUUUGAUGGAAGGAAUAAUCUUUCUUUGCUUUCUUAGUAGUAUUUCAAGGUGUUUACUUUUCAAUUGGUGUGCACUGAAUGCAUGUAUGGAAGAAUAGCGUGAAUAAUGCAAUCUCUUUGUCAUUUUUCCCUUGCUCAGGUUCUUAGCUCUUAAAAUUCAAAGAUGGGAUAUUCUAACUGGUAGUGGUGCAUCAUUUUUAACCCAAAUAUUGCAAGCACUUUAAAGAUUUUAAACCACAUUUUUAUUGUUUGAUGCUUCAUUUUCAGACUUUUUAAUGUCAGUCAUUACAUUUACAUUGCAUGAGGAAAAUUUUUCCAGAACGACAGUGUGGAAUAGUUCUGAAUUAUGCUAUUCUACAGAUAGAAAAAAAGUCCAAAUACCUUUAAAAAUGUACUUCUUACUCCACCCAACAUGUUUUUGCAAAGCAAGAAGUUUUUGUAAGACACCUUAAACAAAGUCCUUCAAUUCUAUAGCAGACGAAAUAAAAUCCCCAGAAGCCAAAGGGCUCACCUUCACGUUGCUAGUUCAUGACAGACCCAGGUGUGCUUCAUUAGAGAUAAAAUACAUUCCCUUUGGUAUCAGGGGAAGUUACUGGGGAUGACUUGACCUCAUUACUUAGCUAAUGACUGGAUAAAAUUUCUUAAUUAUUUGAAGUAACAUUGUAUUUGUGUUUGCAUUAUUAAUUUGAAUAGAAAAUAAUCACAUUUUCAACCCAUUUAUAUAAAUUGUUAAUGUUUCUUUGGAGCUGUAUAACUAUAGUUUGAACUAGAAAGGAAGUCAUUGUUGUGACAACCAGAAAUUAUGCUUUUCUGGUGCAUGUAGCAUUAAUUGCAAAGGGCAGUCACAUCCAACUUUAAUAAAAUAUGGUGGUCUUUCUUAAAAUUUUCAAUUUGCUAAUUUUUCCUGGAUCUAAGCUGAAAAAUUCCAAGCAACGGCUUUUUAACUUAACUUUCCUACUACUACUUUUAAAAACAGUAUUUAUUUUGUAAAUUAGCUAUUGAUUUUUUGGGUUUGAAAUACUGGUGUUCGAUUAUGUGUGGUGGUGGCGGUGUUGGAUGUGUGUAGCUGUGUUAAAAGCUGAUACUUUUAGCUGAAAUGGUGCUAACUAAAUUUGAUUGUGUUUACCAUAUUCACUAAAUUAUGUAGCAUGAAAACUAUGAAACUUGUUGAAGUAACUUUAUGUAAAUGCUAGUGGGCUUUGUAUAGUUAAUAUUAUCCAUUUUUAAUUUGCAGAGAACUAUACGUAAGUUGAGCUUCAGUUGUCAAUAAGUCAUGAAGUUUUUGCCCAUGCCUAUGUCCUGAAUGGUAUUACCUAGGUUUUCUUCUAGGGUUUUUAUGGUUUUGGGUUUUACAUUUAAGUCUUUAAUCCAUCUUUUGUUAAUUUUUGUAUAAGGUGUAAGGGAAGAGCCCAGUUUCAGUUUUCUGCAUAUGGCUAGCCAGUUUUCCCAGAACCAUUUACUGAACAGGAGAUCCUUUCCCCAUUGCUUG